UAAAACAGAUCCACCAAGCAGAACAGGUUACAAGAGAGCUACAAGCAGAUUCAGCGUUAGGUUGUUUGGACAUUCACGUGAAAUCCACCGUUCUUUACUAUAGCAUCAUGGCGGCUGCUUCCACAGUUACCUUCAGCAAGUUCAUUGAAGGCAAAAUUCGUAUGUGGUAUAAGAUGUAUAAUUUAAAGCAUGAUGGCGGAAUGGGAAAGGAGGAUUUUGCUUAUAUGACAGAUGUGUUCAUCAAAGAGUUUAAACCCAACGCCGCUCUUGAGGCCGAACUUCGCCAUUGGCUGCAUAACCACUGGUGCAUUAUCAUCAGCGAAGGCAAAGAUCUCGCCACGGCGGGAAAACCAGGCGGCAUCACAGUAGAAAAUUGUCCGGCCCUAUUGGAGGUUGAAACCAUCCUCAAAAGCGACCAGCGAAUCACCGAAGAACAUUACGUGAAGGCAUUUGGCCAGCUUGUGGAAGUCAACAAGGAUUUGUUCGUGAAGACCUUCACUAAAAUGGUCACAGUGUUUUUCAACCUGUUCGACACGGAUUGCGAUGGGUUUAUAACAGUGGAGGAUAUGAUUAGGGGCUUCCGCUGUUUCGGGAUCGAUCAAGAGGAGGCCACUAGAGCAAUCUUUAACGACCUCGACAAGAACAAAACCGGCAAGGUAUCACGUGACGUAUACCUAUCAGAAUGGAUCGAGUUCAUGGUCGGCGAGAACAAGGAUGCCGUGCUCGCGAGAUAUCUUUGUCAAGGACAGUCGUGACGUUAUCAACAGGGGUGACUUUUAAAACGCUCAAGAACGGUAAUAAAUAAUCACGGACUAUGUGUGUUGGACAAAUUAUAGACCUAUGUGAGCCAAGCGAGUUCAACAUUCCUUGAUGAGUAAGUUCCCAGUCAGAACCAGUAGAUGUAGGUGAGCAGCUAAAGUCAAAGACAGUAAAACUAGAUAAGUUGUGUACUGAUUUAAUUUGAAAGUGUUCAUGCUAUUUAUGAAAUAAAGUUCUCAUUUCCAUUAUU